AGCCAUCAAAGUAUCUUAACUCUUAGGGUUAGGCAAGAUAUCCCAAGUCUAUAAAUACCUAUAUAAGGAUCAGCAAGAUCCCAGAAUCCCAGGAUUCUUUUGACUUGUAGAACAUCCUACAAUAUUCUUUCCAAAACCAGAUCCAUCUAAGCACUUUCUAAAGUCAAGUCACUAUGCGCGGAUUCACUCUCACAGGCACAGUAGCCUGGCUACUCUCAUGUUCGACUUCAUAUGCGAAGUGGGUGACAAUUUCUGACUGGGGCGAGAACCCGACACAUCUGGACAUGAAUGCAUAUAUUCCCAAAACUUUGGAGCCUUCGCCUGCCGUCCUUCUUGCCCUACACUUCUGUGGCGGAACGGGGGCUCUUUAUCAUCAAGUAGCAAACUUCGACGCUUAUGCUGAGGCAAAAGGGUUUAUUGCAGUGUACCCAACCACUAGAAUGGACAACAACUGCUGGGACGUUGCCUCUAAUAAGUCUCUCACAGUCGAUGGAGGAGGUGACAGCACUGGUCUGGCAAACAUGAUGAGGUACUUCAUCAAACAGUAUAACGCAGACCCGAUGAGAAUCUAUGUUCAAGGCUCGUCUUCUGGCUGUAUGAUGACGAAUGUGCUCCUGGCCACUUAUCCGGACUUGUUCAUGGCCGGAUCUUGCUAUUCUGGUGUCCCAGCAGGCUGUCUGGCAGGCUCACCCGGAUCGAGCCCACAGACUGCCGAUUCAAGAUGCGCUACAGGCCAGAAUAUUAAGACGGGCGAGGAAUGGGCAAAGAUGGUCCGAGCUAUGAACCCAAGAUGGAACGGAGGAUACCCCCGUCUGCAAACUUUCCAUGGUACCGCGGAUGAGUUUGUCAGUUAUAGAAACUUUGGAGAACAGCUGAAGGAGUGGUCGGCCAUCCAGGGUGUUGAGUUCACUAAGAAUGUUACGGAUACACCACAGGGAGGCUAUACUCAGAUGAUAUACGGAGAUGGUGGUUACUUGGUUGGGAUUUCUGCUCAUAACGUUGGCCAUGUGGUUCCUGUGAACCGAGAGGCCGAUAUAAUGUGGUUCAAUCUGGGGGUCUGAUCUAGAAUCACGGCAAACUGGAAUAGUUUUCAUUUUCUGUUGGAGCCCGGUUAUGAAAAGGCCCCCUCUCUUGGUCUACGGAUGGUAGGAGCCGAUUUGUAUUUCCGACUGGCUGUAUUAGGAUAAGUUUUGCGGUAUGGCAGGUUAUUUCCUUUAAAAAUAAAAGCGUGGCUUUCUAGA